CACGGCUGGAGCGUGCGUGCGAGUGGGUGAGCGGACCAUUCCAGUCCGUGUGUCUCUGUGCGUGUGAGCAGUGAUCUGCUGUCAUUCAUGGGGAUCAUGUAUGGAGAUGGAGACCUGCUCGGACGGCCCCGGAGGGACUGCAUGUGUUACCUGGGACCCCCGACCACCUUGAUGCCCAUCGGAAUGCGUAAAUCCCCCGAGGUGAGUCCCAGAAGGCUGUCCGACAUCAGCCCCCAACUCCGCCAGCUCAAGUACCUGGUGGUGGAUGAGUCGAUUAAAGAGGACCUGAAGUCAUCUCGAUCAGUUGAGGACAUCAACAGCGCGUCCAUCGAGGAGAGGAUCUUGAGAAUCACGGGCUAUUAUGGCUACCAGCCGUGGAAUGCCGUUUAUAAGAGGGAGGACCGGCCGAGGGAGAACAUCGUGGGCACUGCCGAUGGACAGGCGAUGGUGGCCGGAGCAGGGGCGGAGUCAGGGGCAGGGAGGCAGAGAUUAAACUGCUGUGUGCGAGUGACAGCCGUCCAAGUGCGAAAAGCAAUAUGGGGCGUGGCCAUGGUGAUGUGCGUGUGCUCGUCAUGGGCAGGCUUCACCCAGCUGGCCAAGCUGACCUUUAAGCAGUACGACGCACCGUUCACUCUCACAUGGUUCGCCACCAUGUGGAACUGCCUCUUCUUUCCUCUAUAUUACAUCGGCCAUCUGUGCAAGAGUCCUGAGAGACAGACACCAAAACAGAGGUUUAGAGAGUGCUGUCGGUUCUUCGGGGACGAUGGACUGACGGCAAAGGUGUUCUUCACUAAAGUGGCCCCUUUCGGCCUACUGUGGAUUAUGACAAACUACCUUUACCUUCAGGCUCUGAGAAAGAUCAACAGCACCGAUGUAUCGGCCCUCUUCUGCUGUAACAAGGCCUUCGUCUUUCUCUUGUCCUGGAUCGUGCUGCGGGAUCGCUUCAUGGGCGUCAGGAUUGUUGCUGCCAUUCUGGCCAUCGCUGGAAUCGUGAUGCUGACCUACGCUGAUGGCUUUCACAGUCACUCUGUUAUCGGCAUAACGUUUGUAGUGGCCUCUGCAUCUGCCUCUGCCCUCUAUAAGGUGCUUUUCAAGCUUGUUUUGGGCAGUGCCAAAUUUGGAGAAGCGGCUCUGUUCCUGACCAUUGUAGGUGGUGCAAACUUCGUCUUAUUGAGCUUUGUGCCAGUCAUACUGUACUUCACACAUGUUGAGUACUUCACAUCCAUAGCUGAUCUCCCCUGGGCCUACCUGUGUGGAGUAGCCGGACUCUUACUAGCGUUCAAUAUUCUGGUGAAUUUUGGCAUUGCCAUAACAUACCCUACGCUGAUUUCACUUGGCAUUGUGUUGAGUGUCCCAGUCAAUGCAAUGGUGGACCUGUACACCUGUGAUAUCCACUUCAACACAGUGCGACUCAUCGCUGUGUUCAUCAUCUGUCUGGGCUUCCUGAUGCUGCUGUUACCGGAGGACUGGGAUCAGUGUUUGAUUGAGCUCGGCACCAAACUCAGAAAGCAGGAGCAACCUGUUGAGCCGGCUGAGACUGCAAACAGCUCAGGACUCAACUGGACGCGACGGGCCAGGACCUCCAUGUCCACAUUUUCCCACUGACACACAUUUAACUUUUCCCGUUCAAAGUCCAGUGACUGGACGAUGCUGGAAAGAGCAUUCAUUCCAUAAUAUUCUCAUUCAACAAGGCUCCAUAUGCCAUAAUUUACCAUCAUGCACAUUACAACAGAAGCUUUCCGAAAGCAAAUAAUGUUUUUCAGUUCUCCCAACUGUAAGUGGAUUUGAACAAUGACUUGGGUCUUUUAUUUGAAACUCAAGAGCGGGGGUCUCAAACUACUAACAUACGUGCCAUUGGGUAUAUAGUUUAUCUUUAAAAGCAGCCCACAAAUCAGUUUAUAGACUUUCAU